UCCCUCCUCCCAUUCCCCAAUAAAAUCUUUAAAAAAAAAAAAAUCAAGCCCAUACAAAUGUGGAUUUGACCCUACAGGGUCCGCACGCCUACCCUUCACAAAAUUUCUAGUAGCCAUUACAUUUCUAUUAUUUGACCUAGAAAUUGGCCCCCUCCUACUCCUGCCCUGAGCAUCUCGAAUAAUCUAAAAACCGUAUUUACCAUGGCACAUAAGCUUAGCUUAUCAAUGAAUUCAAAAAGGCUACAAUGAACUGAUGGUCCCCAGAUGGGAAGGGGUUGGAGGCAAGAGUAAGGGAUUAAGUACAAAUUGUCAGUUAAAAAAUGGUCACGAGGAUGUAAAGUGCAGUACAGGGAAUAGUGUCAAUCAUAUUGUUAAAAAUGUGGAUGGUGCCAGGUGAGUGCUAGGCUUAACCAGGGGAUUACUUUGUAAGAUGUGUAAAUAUCUCACCACCAUGCUGUACCUGACACUAACUCUUGUAUAAUAUUGAAUGUCAACUGUAGUUGAAAAAUAAGAUUUUAAAAGCUAGAAUGAACUGAAUAUAGUUAGUUUAAAUGAAAACAAAUUAUUCUGAGUCAUUAAAUUAUGAUUAAGUUCAUAAUUAUCGAAUGCCCCUAACUUAUGUUAUCAUUUUAGCAUUUCCGGUCCAGGCCCCUGGGCAGGUCUGUCCUGGCACGCUACGUAAAGCUGCACCCCUCCAACAACACGUCGCGCUCAGCGCCCUAAUUUUUCUGCUUGGCACGCAUAACUCAUGCCCUAUAUUUUACUGACCUGUUUGCCUGCCUCCAGCUAAAGGUAGGAUCCACGAGGGCUGAGCCUCUCAGGACCGAGCACACAGUGGGUGCUCAACACGCAUGUGUCAGGUGACUCUUUGAUCCCACAGCACGUCUAUCGCCACGUGGGGUCAAGUCUUUCUAUCCUCGCCUCUAAGCCCGCCCAGUGCUCUGCAUCCCCGUCGGCCCUGCCCAAGCCCCUUCUCUCGGUGGCUCCAAGUCGCCCUCUGGUGCUCCAGCGGAGAGCUUUAAAGCGCAGCUCCCGCGGCCCCUCCUCCGGCGGCCGUUACUCAGCGCCCCAUCCCGGAUAAAUGCCGCGUUUCAGAUAAAAUACGGCUAGAACCUCAGCAGUCGCAGCGGACCGUCGGUGCUGAGGUCCUCCGCGGUCUUCGGUUCCCUCGGUAACCGUUGCCAACAAGGGAACGCCCCGGAUGUAGACAACACGCCUGCGCUGAGGCAUCCCGCCUGCGCCUGCGCACACUGGAAGCGGCCGCCGCGCUCGGCAUGGGGGAGCCGGAGCCUGCUUCGGAGCAGAUCCGUCUGAAGUGCAUCCGUAAGGAAGGCUUCUUCACGGUGCCUCCGGAACACAGGCUGGGACGCUGCCGGAGCGUGAAGGAGUUUGAGAAGCUGAACCGCAUCGGGGAGGGCACCUAUGGCAUCGUGUACCGGGCCCGGGACACCCAAACGGAUGAGAUUGUCGCUCUUAAGAAAGUGCGGAUGGACAAGGAGAAGGACGGGGUCCCCGUCAGCAGCCUUCGAGAGAUCACGCUGCUCCUGCGCCUUCGCCAUCCCAAUAUCGUGGAGCUGAAGGAGGUGGUCGUAGGGAACCACCUAGAGAGCAUCUUCCUGGUGAUGGGUUACUGUGAGCAAGACCUGGCCAGCCUGCUGGAGAAUAUGCCAGCACCCUUCUCUGAGGCUCAGGUCAAGUGCAUUGUGCUACAGGUGCUCCGCGGCCUCCAGUACCUACACCAGAACUUCAUCAUCCACAGGGACCUGAAGGUGUCCAACCUGCUCAUGACCGAUAAGGGCUGCGUGAAGACAGCGGAUUUCGGCCUGGCCCGGGCCUAUGGCAUCCCAGUGAAGCCAAUGACCCCCAAGGUGGUCACUCUGUGGUACCGAGCCCCCGAACUGCUUCUGGGAACCACCACGCAGACCACCAGCAUUGACAUGUGUCCGCCCCCUCCCUCCGCUUCAGCUCCCUUCCGGCUCCCGCAGGGCUUCUCCAAGCUGCCGCUAGUCAGCCAGUACAGCCUGCGGAGGCAGCCGUACAACAACCUGAAGCACAGGUUCCCGUGGCUGUCGGAGGCCGGCCUGCGCCUGCUCAACCUCCUCUUCAUGUACGACCCGAAGAAAAGGGCGACGGCCGGGGACUGCUUGGAGAGCUCCUACUUCAAGGAGAAGCCCCUGCCCUGCGAGCCGGAGCUCAUGCCCACCUUCCCCCACCACCGCAACAAGCGGGCCGCCCCGACCGCGGGCGAAAGCCAGAGCAAGCGCUGCAGGCCCUGACAGCCGCCUGGAACUGCCCCGCACUGCUUCCUGCCGCCACCACUGCCCCAGAACAGCAGGGUGUGCACCUCCGAGGGCCCGGAGGCUGGACCCACCUGGGCUGUGGUGGCGCCAUCUGGUGGCCAUGCUGGGUAGAAGCUCAGGAAGCCGUACUGGACCCAUGAGUGGGUGGGUGCAGGCUUGGGAAGUGCAGGCUUCUGCUGGCUGCGUGUGCCCUCUUAGUACCAAGGUCUGCCUGGGGCAGGGAGAGGGCAAGGCUGGCAGGACUCACAGCGGUCUGGUUGGGCUGGGGGCUGAGCCCUGUCCUCACCCCCACACUGAGGCCCUAGGCGGUGGGCACAUGGCUGGGGCUAACAGGAAUUCAGAGAUAAAAACUUUCCUGGCAGAUGUGGCAA